CGCUUUUUUACUGACCGUGUGUUUCUACGCCUGUUUAGUGUGUAUGUCAUCUAAUAUGAAUGCGAGUGUUCCAUUUCUCUUGCAGUUAAUCGCGUUUUUACCUCAUCCGUUUAAUUAUUUAGCUUUUGAGGUGCAGAGCCGGGUGCUCGUUUCAUUUGGGACCUGCUCCAGCGUAUUUAUCUGUUUUUUUUUGUUGUUGUUACAAUGCACCUUUAGAGUGUAUAGGAGCCAGCUCUGUGCUGCUCUGCGCUGAUAAUUUAGGGCCCGAUUACCGAGGCGCUCGAGAGAAUAACGACUUUGUCCGCUAUCGCGGUCCUGUAACAGGUUGUCCCACUUUCUCAGGGCUAAGACAGACUGUCUCCUUCAUGAAGUAGGGGAGUGUUGUUUUGUCCACAACAACCAACGCUCUGUCACCCUCGGAACAGGAAGCGUUCUGGGCCACCCGAACCUGUACACAGAUGCCAAUCGGGGGUUUACAUGCGGGGGGGGGGGGUUAAACUUUAAAAGGGAGUCCGGCUCGGUCGCGGGAAAGCAGUCUCGGUCGAGCGCGUACUUCUAGCUCCGUACCCCGCACAUCAUGGAGAGCGAGGCGGUUUGGCUAAAUUUUAGCGGCACGGACGAUGACAGCGAUUCCCAGAGCGUUGAGUGUCAGGACCCAGAUUACAGGUAUAAGAAGGGCGAGCUCUUCAAACGGCUGAAAGUGACGACAUUUGCACAGUUGGUUAUCCAGGUUGCGUCGGUGUCGGACCUGCACGACAUCAUGUCAGACGGGGAGACGUCCCGGCUGGAGGGCAGCGUCUCUGUGCUGUCCGAGGGGGACGCGGAUCGCCUGUCCGAACCGGCCAACGGGUCGCCCCGGGCCCACCCCGACCAGCUGGCUGGCGCUAACGGGGACGCGGGGGACGCGGGCUGGUCCCCGAGGUCUACGCUGCAGAGCGUCAUCAGCGGCGUCGGGGAGCUGGACCUGGAGAAGAACGGUCAGAGGGGCGGGAGCGGGACCGGGACCGCCACCCCGGACUCCGGCCCCGGGGCCCAGGAGCUGCCCUACCCCGACUGCCCCUACCUGCUGCUGGACGUCCGGGACAGGGACCAGUACGAGCAGUGCCACGUCAUCAGCGCGUACAGCUACCCAGUCACUACUCUCUCCCGCACAAUGAACCCUUACACUAAGGAAGUGCUGGACUAUAAAAACGCCCCGGGCAGGAUCAUCGUCGUGUACGACGAAGACGAGAGGACGGCCAGCCAGGCCGCCACCACCAUGUGCGAGCGCGGGUUCGAGAACCUGUUCAUGCUCUCGGGAGGGCUGAAGGUGAUCGCUCAGAAGUUUCCGGAAGGCUUGACGACGGGCUCCUUCCCGGCGCACUGCCUGCCGUCUCCCUCGGCGACCGGGGGCCGGCGGCGGCCCGCGCCCCCCCAGGCGCCCCUCCCCGCGGAGAGGAAGUGGCGCUUCACCCCGGAGGACCUCAACAAGAUCCAGCAGCAGAUGGAGGAGGUGCUCGUCCCCAGCACCACCAGCAGUCGGCUGAGCCGGAUGUCGGUGAGCAGUGCCCAGUCCACGGUGUCCAGCGCCAGGAGCCGCCAGUCCCUCUCCUCGGCCGGCUCGGACAGCGCCCGGUCCCAGAGCAGCCGGCCCUGGAAAUAGGCCCCGCCCCUCCGGCCUCCGCACCGCACCCCCACGCCACGCCCAACCGGGUUUCCCAGAGCCCCGCCCCCCCCCUUCUCCCUAACCCCGACAGUCCGUAGCCUCUCAGACACACGCGUCCAAACCUGCUGCUUUUAGUACGGUAGGAGUCCCGCCCCCCCCCCACGCGAGGUGAAGCCCUCUGUUUGCCCACGGGGGCCGGGAGCCGUUCUCUGCACAGGUUCACCUUUCACUUCCUGUCUCCAUGCAGCAGACAAGAGCAAAAGGUGCGAAUACAGGAACUUGAGCGUCCUUUUUUUUAAAAUGAUGUACUUUUAUAUGCGUGCUUUGCUGUUCGUCGGGGGGGGGGCUGGAAUGUUUGAGUGCGAAUAAACGGUCUCCCUCUGCUGCUCUUAUUUCUGUGACCUUGCGGUUUGCCGAACGUGUUCCCUGUGAUGAGUACGUGGGCUAAUGAAGGAUCACCAGCGACCCGUUUCGCUGUUUGGAUGUUAGUCGGAAAACGACAGAGCGCUCGCGUGACUAAAUCUCUCCGUUUGCCGUUUAGUUGACGGUAAGCUUUAUUUGUUUUUGUUUUUUUAUAUUCCAGUCGACUGAACCGAGUUCGGCUUUUUUCGCUUUUAGCCGAAAUGCGUGAAUUCAAAUACAAUCGCCUGUCUGGCUGAAGACGAUGUCUGUCUCUGAUGCUGUUUACAGGAAGCACAGAAGCGGGAAACCGUCCGGAAGACCCAAACACGCUCUGAUCCAAACACGUUUUACGCGGCUACGGCUACGUACCUGUAACCGCAGAAACGAUGCACUUGAGUUCUCCAAAACGAACAAAGAACGGGUUUCGAACGCGAAGGUCAACGGAAAAAGCACCGUUACCGCAAAGCCCUACUUUUAAAAUCACUGUUUUCGCCUCCGCGCUUUCCCUGAAAGAUUAGAAAUUUAACUCUGUGAGCAGAUUGGCUUAGUCACGCGUUAAUUUAAAAAUAAUAAUAUAUAAAAUAAGGUAUUUUUAAAUCGAGGGAGAGCUUUUUUUGGAGCGGUUCGUUGCACGCCCUUAAUUCUGUAAAGGGUUGCGGAUUCCCCCAGUUUACCGAAGAUGGCCUUUUACCAGACAGUUGUUCACCGACCGGCUCAAAGAACCGUUUGGGUGAUUUUAGUGGACCAGCAACGUGAGUUUAGGACGCUAGGCUGGGGCAGCGACCGUCUGCAGCGCAUGCAAUGCAUGUGUCAAUCUUUUGAAAGAAAAUGACACUCGUGGCCUGGGACAAUUAUUUUCACUGCAUCUGGGCAAUCAGAAGUAAGUUUGGGGGCGGGGUUUAGUAGGAUAUUGGGGGGGAUUGUGCAACAGUAUUGGUGCAUUUCUGAGCGCGAUGGCGAGAUUUACAGAAGGCGACUCCUAGCGACGGACGUUUUUUCUGCCAGUGCCUCGGACCUGGGCACUGGUACCCUCGUUCCGUCGCCGUUCCACGUCCUGUCUCACGCGUGUUCACACACACGCUUCAUUGUGCGUUCGCUAUCUCCGAGUGUGUGGUUUUUUUUUUUUAUCGUGCCGACGGGUCCAAAACCAUCCUUUUAAAGAAUUCCGCCAGGAGACUGGAACGAGGAAGGAAGAACCCGAACUCCCGGAGCUCGUAGUCGGAACGCGGUCUCCCUCUCCCCGGCCUGUCCCGUUUUGUAUAUUUGACGUGUAAUAAAGCAUACGUGUUUUAAACCCUGCU